UGCUCCGGCCGCCGCAUCCCGGAGGGAGUCGUGUGGUCGCCUACCCAGACUCCGGAGCUCUUUCCACGUCGCUGCGCUCGUGUGUGCACGCCGGGUCUCGCUAGCCGCUCUCCCCAUCGCCCAGCGGGCCGCGCCUCCGGCAGCAUGUGCGGUAUAUUUGCUUACUUAAAUUACCAUGUUCCUCGCACAAGACGAGAAAUCUUAGAGACCCUAAUCAAAGGCCUUCAGAGACUGGAAUACAGAGGAUAUGAUUCUGCUGGUGUGGGAUUUGAUGGAGGCAAUGACAAAGACUGGGAAGCUAAUGCCUGUAAAAUCCAACUCAUUAAGAAGAAAGGAAAAGUUAAGGCACUGGAUGAAGAAGUUCACAAACAACAGGAUAUGGAUUUGGAUAUAGAAUUUGAUGUCCACCUUGGAAUAGCUCAUACCCGUUGGGCAACUCAUGGAGAACCCAAUCCUGUUAAUAGCCAUCCCCAGCGCUCUGACAAAAAUAAUGAGUUUAUUGUUAUUCAUAAUGGAAUCAUCACCAAUUACAAAGACUUGAAAAAGUUUUUGGAAAGCAAAGGCUAUGACUUUGAAUCUGAAACAGAUACAGAAACAAUUGCCAAGCUGGUGAAGUACAUGUAUGACAACUGGGAAAGUCAAGACAUCAGUUUUACUACAUUGGUGGAGAGAGUUAUACAACAAUUGGAAGGUGCUUUUGCACUAGUAUUUAAAAGUGUUCAUUUUCCUGGGCAAGCAGUUGGCACAAGGCGAGGUAGCCCCUUAUUGAUUGGUGUGCGGAGUGAACACAAGCUUUCUACUGAUCACAUUCCAAUACUCUAUAGGACAGGCAAAGACAAGAAAGGAAGUUGCAAUCUGCCUCGUGUGGACAGUACAACUUGUCUUUUCCCUGUUGAAGAAAAAGCAGUAGAAUAUUAUUUUGCUUCUGAUGCAAGUGCUGUCAUAGAACACACCAACCGUGUCAUCUUUCUAGAAGAUGAUGAUGUCGCAGCAGUGGUAGAUGGCCGUCUUUCUAUCCAUCGAAUUAAACGAACUGCAGGAGAUCACCCUGGACGAGCUGUGCAGACCCUCCAGAUGGAACUCCAGCAGAUCAUGAAGGGAAAUUUUAGUUCAUUUAUGCAGAAGGAAAUAUUUGAACAACCAGAAUCUGUUGUGAACACAAUGAGAGGAAGAGUUAACUUUGAUGACUACACAGUGAAUUUGGGUGGUUUAAAGGAUCACAUUAAGGAGAUCCAGAGGUGUCGGCGUUUGAUUCUUAUUGCUUGUGGAACAAGUUACCAUGCUGGUGUAGCAACACGUCAGGUUCUUGAGGAGCUGACUGAAUUGCCAGUGAUGGUGGAACUAGCCAGUGAUUUCUUGGAUAGAAACACGCCAGUCUUUCGAGAUGAUGUUUGCUUUUUCAUUAGCCAGUCAGGUGAGACAGCAGAUACCCUAAUGGGACUUCGUUACUGUAAGGAGAGAGGAGCUUUAACUGUGGGGAUCACGAAUACAGUGGGCAGCUCAAUAUCACGGGAGACAGAUUGUGGAGUUCACAUUAAUGCUGGUCCUGAGGUUGGUGUGGCCAGUACAAAGGCGUACACCAGCCAGUUUGUUGCCCUUGUGAUGUUUGCCCUUAUGAUGUGCGAUGACAGGAUCUCCAUGCAAGAGAGACGCAAAGAAAUCAUGCUUGGAUUGAAACAGCUGCCAGAUUUGAUUAAGGAAGUGCUGAGCAUGGAUGAUGAAAUUCAGAAACUGGCUACAGAACUAUAUCAUCAGAAGUCAGUCCUGAUAAUGGGACGAGGAUAUCAUUAUGCUACUUGUCUUGAAGGGGCCCUGAAAAUCAAAGAAAUUACUUAUAUGCACUCUGAGGGCAUCCUUGCUGGUGAAUUGAAACAUGGCCCUCUAGCUUUGGUGGAUAAGUUAAUGCCUGUCAUCAUGAUCAUCAUGAGAGAUCACACUUAUGCCAAGUGUCAGAAUGCUUUUCAGCAAGUAAUUGCUCGGCAGGGGCGUCCUGUAGUGAUCUGUGAUAAGGAGGAUACAGAGACCAUCAAGAACACAAAGAGAACCAUCAAGGUUCCCCACUCGGUGGACUGCUUGCAGGGUAUUCUCAGUGUGAUCCCUUUACAGUUGCUGGCUUUCCAUCUUGCUGUGCUCAGAGGCUAUGAUGUUGACUUUCCACGGAAUCUUGCCAAAUCUGUAACUGUAGAGUGAAGAACAUUUGAAACAUGGAAAAAUUCAGCAACAUAAAACACCUUUCAUAUUUAAAACUUUGAUUUAAAAUAUCA